UCUGCCGUUCAAAGCUACUGUUAGCUAAAAGAAAUAAGUUAAGUGGAAGUUGUCUUGGCAGUCUUUGUAGUUUUUUAUUUAUUUAUUUAUAUAUUUUUUAGGUCCGUCUAAGAUUAAAAACUAAAUUGACAACUUACAAAUGGCUUCUGUAGUUGCUCAGCCGCACUUCAUUUUCGGUCUACGGGCAGGUGUGAGCAACAAUUUGUGUUUCUUCGACGAGCAAACGGUCGUCUUCCCCAGUGGAAACAGCUGUGUGUGCUACAACACCGUCCAAAGAUGCCAGCGGUUCAUUUCAGGCUCAGAAAGUAGUCGGGGCAUGCGUUACCUCGCAAUCAGUGCCAACCGGCGUUACCUGGCGGUGUCGGAGUGUGGUGACCAGGCCUCCAUCACGGUCCUGGACCUGCAGCAUGAGCAGGGCAGAAAGAGGAAAGUUCUGACUGCAGGGGACACACCUGUUCAAGAGUUUGUGUGCAUGGCUUUCUCGCCCGAUUCCAAAUACCUGAUUGGACAAACAGGGGCUCCAGAUUGGACGCUGAUCUUCUGGCUUUGGGAAAAACACAAAGUCCUGGCAACAGUUAAAACCACUAACUCAAAUAACCCUAUUACCCAGGUCAGCUUCAACCCUUACAACAAUACGCAGCUCUGUGUGAGUGGGACUGGUGUGUUCAAGCUGUUCCGCUACUCAGAAGGAGCCCUGAAACAGAGCAACUUUGCAAAAGUGGAGUCCAUCAACUUCCUGUGCCACGCCUGGAUGUCAGAGGAGAGAGUGGUCGCUGGGACGGACACGGGCAGGCUGCUGGUGUUCGAGUCUGGAGACCUGAGAAAAGAGAUCAGCGUGACUUCUAAGGCUGUGCAGGGGAAACCUCACAGGCAAAUUGAUAUGAAGAAGAUCAAAGACGCUGAUGUGAAUGAAGGUCUGACUGUGCCUCGCGUCACAGCCAUCUUUUCCUACUCCAAAGGCUUUGCCUGCUCCAUGGGUCCUGGCACCGUCUGUCUGUUUGAAAAGACAGAGGAGGACAGUUACCGAAAGAGCAGGGAGAUACAGAUCCCUCCAGAUCUGUGCAGCAAUGAUUUGACUCCAGAAGAAAUGCAGGAGAUUAACACCAUGUGCAUCAGUCCAGCAGAGGAGACGCUGGCCAUCAGCACAGACCGAGGACAGCUGUACAGCAUCAGCCUGUCUUCUGUGGACGUGAACAAGGAACGGCCGCAUUUUGAGCUCCUGUCCCAGUCCUUCCACUCCAACUCCAUCACCGGAUUGUCCAUCUGCAUUCGCAAGCCUCUCAUAGCGACCAGCUCUCUGGACCGCUCCGUCCGCAUCUGGAACUACGAGACGAAAGUGUUGGAACUGUACAAGGAAUUCCAGGAAGAGGCGUACAGCGUAGCUCUGCAUCCCACUGGCCUCUUCGUCCUGGUGGGCUUCACAGACAAACUCAGGCUGAUGAACUUGGUCAUCGAUGACUUCCGUACUUUCAAGGAGUUCACUGUGCGCGGAUGCAGAGAGUGUGCUUUCAGCCACGGUGGCCACAUGUUUGCAGCCGUCAAUGGAAAUAUCAUUCACAUCUACUCCGUGACGUCUUUUGAGAAUAUCCUCAACCUUAAAGGCCACAACGGAAAGGUACGUGGCAUUGAAUGGAGCCUGGACGACAGCCGGUUGGUGUCGUGUGGGAUGGACGGCGCCGUGUACGAGUGGAACACGCAGAACGGCAAACGGGAGUCAGAGAGCGUCCUCAAGUCCUGCAGCUACACUGAUGUCACCUUCUCCUCCGACUGUAAAACCAUUCUGGCCGUGGGAACAGAUCUCACACUAAAGGAGAUCCAAGACUGUCAGGUCCUCAGGGAGGUUCCUGCUGAUGAGGUGGCUCACACUGCUCUCGCCGUGUCACACUCUGGCAGGGUUGUCUUCACAGGAACUUCCAGUGGAAGUGUCAGGGCCAUUAAAUACCCGUUACCCCUCCAGAGGGAAUGGAUCAUGUACCAGGGUCACUGUGGCCCCGUCACCAAGAUGGUGAUCACGUAUGACGAUCGCUUCCUGCUGACGGUGUCUGAAGACGGGUGUCUGAUGAUGUGGAAGAUCAUCGAUAAGGAGGGUCGAGGGCUGAAGAGCAACAGGCAGAUCGUCCACACCGAGGAGAUCCUAGUCACCAAGUCAGACCUGGAGGAGAAGAAUCAGAACAUGCUGGAGCUGAAGAUGCGUCUGGAGGAGCUACAGAUGGAGAACGAGUACCAGCUCCGCCUGAAGGACAUGAACUACAACGAGAAGCUCAAGGAGAUUUCUGACAAGUUUAUCCAGCAGAUAGAGACCCUGAAAAAGACACAAGAGACCAUGAAGACAGAGAUGGAGAAGCAGGAACGUGAAAGCAGGGAAAAUUAUGCACAGGUCACCAUACAACAUGGCAAAGAACUGACAGAUUUAGAGGAAAUCUACAGCCAGAAGCUGAUCGUUGAACACGAGAGGUUUCUGGAUCUUCAGCAAAAACAUCAGAGAAUGCAGGAGGACUACGAGGAGCAGCUGAAGUCUGCAGAGGAGAGCAAAACCCAAGAGCUGGAGGAGCUCACUCAGCUGUACGAAGCCAAGCUGCAGGAGAAGACUCGGCUCCUGGUCGAGCACCAGGAGGAUGCCCAGAGGCAGAUCUGUGAAUUUAAAGAGAUCAUAAAACAGGUGGAGGAGGACGAGGAGAGGAAGAUCCACGACAUCCAAAUGAAGUAUGAGAAGAAACUGCACACUGAGAAGGAGACCAACACGAGUCUGAAGGGAAAAACUGGCAUCAUGACACAAAAGUUCUACACUCUACAGAGACAGAUUGACGACAGGUGCACUGACAUAAACACGCUGAAGCAGGAGCGACAGAGGCUGCUGGGCUUGAUCCGCUCCCUGGAGAGCGACAUCGAGGACCUGAAGAGGCAGAUCUCUGGUCAUGAAAAGACCAGCCAGGACAAGGAUAACACCAUCUCCGGCUUGAAGAAGAAGAACCAGGAGCUGGAGAAGUUGAAGUUUGUUCUUGAAUUCCAGCUGAGCGAGUUAAAGAAGCAGAGCGAGCCUCAGCAAGACGACAUAAGUAAGAAGAAGGAGAGGAUCCAUCAGCUGCAGGAGGAGUUGGUAAAAAUCAACCAGAGCAACACCCAGCUGAAGCUCACCGUCUCCGACCUGAGGCUCAAGCUGAGGACCAGGGACAAAGAGAUGCACAAGGAGAUGCAGAAAGUGAAAGAUUUGGAGUCACAUCUUCAGCGGCUCAAGGCCGACCUCCACAACUGUGUCAGCUUCAUCCAGGAGCCGAGAAAACUGAAGGACAGCGUUCAGAGGAUCUACGCCCGCUAUGUCCCACAGACUGACAGGGUGGAGAAAAGCAGAGUCGACGAUGAUAUUCAGAAGGCGUUUGACCACCAGCGAGAUCACCUGGAGAAAACCGUCAACAGUCUCAAGAUGAGGCUGGCCAAGUCUACCGAGGAGCACGAGCAAGUCUACGUCAAGAUCAUGAAGGAGAAUGUGACUCUCAUCACUGAAAUCAAUGAACUGCGCAAGGAGCUGCACUUGGUGAAGAUCCAGGCUAAAGAUUACAAAGCUCAGCUCGCUGCCUCUAAGAGGUCCUACAAGCUACGGCCCAGCUCAGACCUGGGUCCCAGAAGGGAGCGCAAACAGGAAGAUGUCGCCUGAGCUCCAGGGACGACGUCCGAGCAAUGAGGAUACGGAGCGACGUCUUAAAAGCUGGUGAAGUUCAUACAUGUAAACUUAUUCUGUUAAUUAGAACGACUCUGAUCUGGUAGAAAAUACUAUCAGAUCAUUUAAUUUGAAUAUUAGUUAGUAUUAAACAUGACCUCCUCCAUCAGUUCUGGGAAUUAUUCAGCUAAAAUAAAAUGACCUUGUGUGUGUACGUUGGUUUUUGAUUGGUAUAAACGUUUUUCUUUUUUUUUUCUUCUUUUUAUUUGAAUCUCUCAUCAAGAUGUCAUGCAGAUGUAUUUAUCUGAAUCUAAAUAAACCUUUGAAGGUAUUUAUAAA